UUUACUCUUCUUUUCAAAAUCCACAAACAGUCCCCAAAGUUGAGCCUUUAAAAAUAAAAAACCUCAUAAAUAACCUUUCCCUUCGACAUUCCCCUCUUCACUCCCCCCCUUCUCUCUCUCUGUCAAUAAUCAAAACCCCACUCUGCAAAUCUAACACACACCUCUCUAAGUCAUCAUUAAAACUUGUUAUAGCAGCAACACCCAAAUCAUACCGCCUCCUACUCAAACCCCAAACUCUAUUUUCUUGAUUUCAUUUCUUUAUAUAAAGAUUUUGAGAUGGCCGAGAGUUUAGACGACGGUGAGUUUUGGUUACCUUCCGAGUUUCUUACAGACGACGAUUUACUCAUGGACAAAAUCGACGUGAUAGAUGGAGGUGGCGAUAUUAGUCCAGAAAAUCAAAAGCUAAGAAGUGGGUUGUGUUUUCCCUCUGAGUUUCCAUACGGAUUUGAUUCUUCAUCGUCAUCUGCUUUUAGUUCACCUGUUGAAUCUGUUGGUAGUUCAUCUACUGAGACUGAAAGUGACGAAGAAGAUUUUCUUGCCGGGUUAACUCAACAAAUGGUUCAUUCUACUCUUCAGGAAGUUGAGAAAUCCGCAACAGCUACUUCUCCGGUUUUUGCCUCUGAGAAACCUAAGACAUGGGUUUUGUCUGGUUCACCACAAUCGACUUUAUGCGAAGUAGGAAGCUGUUGGUCUGGCGGCAGUGGAGGCUCAAGUAGGGGAAGUCCUACAAAUGGACCUUCACAAGUUUCAUCACCACCUACAACACCUAUUAAUGAGAAAGAUGAUGCUUGGGAACUUCUUUAUGCCGCGGCUGGACAAGUUGUAAGGAUGAAAAUGAAUGAUGAAGGAACUAAACAACAAAAUUGUAGUAGCAGAGGACUACUUGGCCCUCCAAGAAAACCUAGUUCAGUCCCUAUUCCUCUUCCAGUUAAAACCCCUGCGGCUGUCUUUCCAAUUCUUAACCAAGGUCUUACUCAACAGCAGUUACAAGUUAAUCAAUUUAAUCACUUGAAACAACAGCAGCAACAGCAACAGCAAGGCUCUGAUGUAUGGAGAAGAAAUGGCAAGCCAAAUCUUGCACCACCUCAACCACAAAACCAUCAACAAGUACUGAGAAACCCAUGUGCUGGUUUUAAUGCAAGAAACGUUAGACCACUGGGGUUAUCAUCUUCAGCAUGGCCACCACUUCAACCUCAACAUCAAAACCAGCAACAAGGGGGUUCAGGAAUGAGAGCAGUGUUCUUAGGUGGGUCAAACACCAGAAGAGAAUCAAGUGGAACUGGUGUCUUCUUACCCCGCAGGAUCGGUCACAGCUCUGACGCUCGUAAGAAACCAGCAUGUUCAACUGUCCUUCUACCAGCAAGAGUAGUGCAAGCCCUUAAUCUCAACUUUGAUGACAUGAGUGGUGCUCAACAAAGAUUUAAUGGUGGUUAUUCUCUCGAUCAUAAUGCAUUGAUGAGUAGAAACAAUGUUUUACUGUCCCAACAAAAGCGUAAUCAGCAGCAGCAGCAUAGGCCGCAACCGGUGAUUAACCCGGAGAUGAGAUUACCUCAGGAAUGGACUUAUUAACAAUAAUCUUUUUAGUUGUUUCUAACCAACUUAUAGUGUUGUUUUGUUGGAAAAGAAGAAGAAAAAAAAGAAGUAUGAAAAAUAAAAUAAGUUUUAGUUAGAAAUUGGUUGUUUUUGAUGGAUGAUGAUGAUAUUAGCAAAAUAUAAGAAGAAGAAGAAAGGAAAGGAAAUGUUUUUUGGUAGUGUUAGAUGGAAAAUAAAGUGGUGGUCCUGUUUUGUGGAAGAUUUUUAAGUAAACAGAAGCAGAUGAAACCAUUAAAAAGUUUGGUUUUGUGGUUUUUUUUUAGUUGUUUGUUGGGAGAACAGAAGAAAUUUCAAAGAGCUUAGAGACGAAAUCUAUGUAAUAAGUCAGUAAUGUCAGUGUUCAAAGUGGUUCUUGGUUCCUUUGUUUUUCAAAUUUUUUGUGGGGCUUUAUUUUUCUUUGGAUUUCUUGUAAUGGCAUUUAGGGCAGCGGUGAAAAAUGGAACUGUUUUCACCGUCUCUUCUCUAAGUUCGUCGCCCCAAAUCCACUGUCUCCGGAAAGUAAUAAGUGAUAUAUAAAAUACUAAGUACUGUAUUAUGAAUGAAUGAAAGAAAUUCUUAUUAUUUAUUUAUUUA